AUGGCCCAACACCCCCUUGAUCCCCUUUCGGUCAACGAGGUGCACCAAGCAACCCGCGCUUUGUUGAAGGAACUGGAGUUACAGAGAGACCAGAUCAGAUUUAAAGUGGUCGAUCUUGCUGAGCCUCCAAAAGACCAGACUUUGGAUUAUUUGCGGGAAAGCGGCCCUGUGCCUGAUCGCAGAGCCAGGAUUUAUUAUCAACGGAAGCACAAAGAGGUUAUGAGCAGGGCAAUUGUCAACAUCACACGCGGAAAUCUCGAGAAGACUGAUGACUUACCGGAUGCCCAGGGACCAGUGGAUUGGGUUGAAUAUGAACUUAUAACCACAGCUUGUAACGUUCAUCCCGAUGUCCUGGCCGAAGUUGACAAGCUUAAGAUUCCCGAGGGAGCACGAAUUCUCAAUGACCCUUGGGCUUAUGGCACCGAUGAUGCCAAGGAGAGACGCCGUCUUUUCCAAUGCUACAUGUAUCUGGCCCUUGAUGACGACGACGAAGCCAACCACUACUCUAUUCCACUCCCACUAGCACCAAUUUUCGAUGCUCAUACUCUUGAGCUUGUUGAUCUUCAGAAACUACCUUUGGGGAUCAAUGACGAAAUCGAUGUCGAAACACGACCCUGGGUGCCGGUCAAGCCAGUCGAAUACAGUGCAAACAUUCUGGGUUCUGAUAAACUCCGGAAAGAUCUUAAACCAUUACAAGUUGUUCAGCCAGAAGGUCCUUCAUUCAAUGUCAGCCACCGUACAGUUUCAUGGCAGAAAUGGCAAUUCCAGCUUGGAUGGUCUCUGCGCGAAGGCCCGGUCCUGCAUUACAUACGAUACGAUGGCCGGCCUCUGUUCUACCGUGUAUCAAUGAGUGAGAUGACGGUGCCUUAUGGCGAUCCUCGAACUCCUUACCACAGAAAGCAAGCUUUCGACCUCGGCGACUCCGGCUUUGGUUUAACUUCCAACAGCUUGGCUCUUGGCUGUGACUGCUUGGGCCACAUCGCCUACUUCGACGGCGUCCGAGUUUCAGCGACGGGAGAUCCCAUUAUUAUGUCGAAUGUUGUCUGCAUGCACGAAAUAGACGAUGGGAUUGGCUGGAAACACUCAAACUUUCGCAACAUGAAGUCUUCCGUGGUCCGAGACCGUAAGCUCGUUAUUCAAUGCACUUCCACAGUGGCUAACUAUGAAUACAUCUUGGCCUUCGUUCUGGACCAAGCCGCGAAUCUUCACAUUGAAGUGCGAGCAACAGGCAUUCUGUCCACCAUGCCAAUCCGUCCUGAUCUCAAGGCAUCGCCGUGGGGAACAGUCGUGGCACCGGGAGUCUUGGCGGUCAAUCACCAACACCUCUUUUGUGUCCGAAUAGAUCCGAUUCUCGACGGGGAGCGGAAGAAUACAAUCGUGUACGAUGACUGUGUUCCUGUACGAGACGACCCAGAACUUGAUCCUUACGGAUGCGCAUUUCGUCUCCAGACGACGCCAAUUACAUCACCUGGCGGCUACGACCUCGAUCUGAACAAAGCUCGAACCUACAAAAUCGUCAACCCAUCUCGAGAAAACGAGGUAUCGGGCAAGCUAGCUGGAUACAAACUGCACGCUUCACCUAGCCAAAUGCUGAUGAUGGGGCCCGGGACUCUCAAUCAUCGACGUGGAAUCUUCGCGUCAAAACCAAUCUGGGUCACUCGGUAUCGGGACGACGAACUCUGGGCUGCUGGGGAGUUUACCAAUCAAAGCCGAGAAGAUACUGGUCUUGCGGAGUACGCCGCACGAACCGAGAAUGUUGAGAGUGAAGAUGUUGUUCUUUGGCACUCAUUUGGUCUAACGCACGUCACACGCCCUGAAGUUGUCAUGUACCCUGAAGCCAACGAGCUUCUUCAACCUCAACCCUUCCAAUGA